CCCCCAGAUACAAACCCUGGCAGCGCGCUCCCGACAGCUAAUUUGUUGUAUCAGAUUGAAACGGGAGGAAGCGAGGAGCCACUCGAUAAAGCCGGGGAGCAACUUAGCUUUGGCCUCUGUCCAUUUUUUUAACAGCUUGUCACAUACAUAGAAGGGAUGGCGGCCAUCCGGAAGAAGCUGGUGAUAGUCGGGGAUGGAGCUUGUGGGAAGACGUGUCUUCUCAUUGUCUUCAGCAAAGACCAGUUCCCUGAGGUUUACGUUCCCACCGUGUUCGAGAACUACGUCGCUGACAUCGAGGUUGACGGCAAACAGGUGGAGUUGGCUCUUUGGGAUACAGCCGGUCAGGAGGACUACGACAGGCUGAGGCCUCUCUCCUACCCAGACACUGAUGUCAUCCUCAUGUGUUUCUCUAUAGACAGUCCUGACAGCUUGGAAAACAUCCCAGAGAAGUGGACUCCAGAGGUCAAACACUUCUGUCCAAAUGUCCCCAUCAUCCUGGUCGGAAACAAGAAAGACCUCCGUAACGAUGAGCACACUCGCAGAGAGCUGGCCAAAAUGAAGCAGGAGCCUGUGAAGUCAGAGGAAGGCCGGGACAUGGCCGGACGCAUCGCAGCUUUCGGUUACAUGGAGUGCUCUGCCAAGACCAAGGACGGCGUACGAGAGGUGUUUGAGAUGGCCACCAGAGCGGCGCUCCAGGCCCGCCGCGGAAAGAAGAGCAAUAAAUGCGUGCUGCUGUAAAAACAGCAGGCGUAUACGGACUAUUUGAACCCUGGCUGGUGCGCCUGGGGCGAGGGCUCGGGAGGGGGGGUGGGAAGAGUGAGGCAAAGGUCUACCACUGUAAACGGGCUGUCUGAUGGACUCAUUUACUCUGGGACUUGGGUUUGGGAAUCUGGAAAGGAGAGGAAUGGGUGAGCUGACUCGCUGUCAACCGUCUGUCUUCACCUGUGGGUGUGCCAUCAGGUUGGGAAAAAUUGACACCAGCUACCUGCGAAGAGUUGGUGCUUUUAGUCUUUUCAAGCCACAUACACGUUAGGAUAAGAAGUUGCUCCCAGUUUUCGUUUAAAAGCUGACCGCUACGUUGGUCAAGAGUACAGAACGGUUUAGUCCUUUCUGGGUGAGUUGACAGGAGCUGAAGGACUGUGCAUUACAUGAGAAACAGGCUAUUCCUCCCACAUUAUUCAUUCAUGGAUUUAUCUUUGACGCCAAAUGAAUUUGCUGCUGGUUGCAUCCUAAUUACCAGCACUCCUACAAGCUGAUUUAUGAAUAAGAGCUUUUGAAAGUUGAAUGGUAUUAGAGAAGUCCCAUGCUAUUUUUUUAUUUUAUUUAAAUUCAGAGGUGAUGUGUUCACGUGCACAGCUCGGUGCCACCUCGUCUUACUGCUGUUAAUUCUGCUCACAGAUUCCAAUGAAGCUCCACUCUGGAGAUGAUCUGCUAAAGGUUCAGUUUGAAGGCAAAAAUCGCUGAAAGCUGGUUUUAGAUGUUAUUCGGAGUCUUGACUGCAGCUUUGGUCUGAAAAAUGUUCACUUCAGAGCAGCUCUGGAAACCUUCCAUAGCGACUGCUCCUCUUUGUUCUGAAGAGGCGAUGAGUCAGCACCUGCAGUUGUUGUCGCUGAAUCUAAGAAAAAUGCGAGUGAAUCCCGGCUGUACUGGGUGACGAUGGGGAUGUUCUGAGCAGCACCGUCAUCCUCCUCUUCCUCGGGUUUAGACCGGGACAAAGAGAAAGGAAAGGGCUGUUUACUCGCACACAAGUACUCAAGACGUGUAAAACCUGAACAGACAAAAGUGGCUCGUAGAUUCAUUUAUAUACCUUUUAUUUAAUUGAACUGUUGGGAACAGCUUUUAGAAUUUUUGAGACAAAAGUUGACUCCUCGUCCUUGAAGUGAGUCUUCAGAAAUAUCAGGUUGGAUCAUCAAAAGUAUUUAAAACUUCAUUUUGUUUUUCUUCUAUUUCGGAGAAUCAAUCACCAGCUCGUAGUGACAGUUUGAACAAAGAUCUCAAAGUUGUAGAUUUCUGUUCUUUUUCCUGGUCCCAAAGCCAGUCUUUGUUUUGUACUUUUUGUUCCAAGCUUUUAAAUAUGUCAACAGUAUUUUAAACAAAAUAGGGGGGAAGACUAGUACUCAUUUAUUAAUGCUUUAGUUCUUUCUUUAUUAUGGGGCGCUUUAUCUGCAUUUCUAUAAAGUAGGUUUGGAAGUCCUGUCCAUUAUUCUGUCCAGGUUUUUGUUGAGCAGUCAGGAGAACGGCCGGCCUCUCAGCUGCCUGUUCAAAAUCAUUGCUAGGAUCACCAGUGCUGUCUAUUUUUUUUUUUUAAAUAUACAAUACUGGGCAAAAAGACAACAUUUAAAAGCAACUCAAGUUUAUUCUACUUUUUUAUUUCUGAAAUCUUUCUUGUCAUUUUAAAUCCUGACGUUUGGAAUGCUGAAACAGUGACAUAAACAAAGAAACAGGAAAACCACGCUGUAUGCAAAAGUCUGUAAAUAUGAAAUGUGGGUUUGUUCAUACUAGAAUAUUCACAUGCACAUGACUGGAAACUGUAUUUGUAAACUAGCUUUGGUUUGUGUAAUAAAUUACUUUCUAUAACCUCCA